AUGAGUUUUAUCUUGGCUAUUGAGCCCCUCAAUGGAGGGAACUAUGGCUCAUGGCGAGAGAAGAUUGAGGUGGGGCUUGCUUUGCUUGACCUCGACUUAGCACUGAUAGAGGCUUGUCUCGUAGAACCUAAGGACCCCGUGAGGGGCGACAAAGAAAGUGAAGUUGACUUCAACAAAAGGGUUCUUGACCAUGGAUCAAAAAGAAUGAAGUACGAUCUUGAUCGUGCUAAGUGGGACUCGUCCAACAGAAAGUGCUUGAUGGUGAUCAAGAGCUCCAUUUUGGAGGCUAUAAGGGGAGCAAUCCCACAGUGUGACACCACCAGUGAGUACCUCAAAAAGGUAGAGAAAAAGUGGGCCAUUGAGAAGAUGGUUGCCAUGUGUGUGCAAGAAGAAGAGAGGAUCAAGGGGCAAUGUGGUGAUUCUGUCAAUUACCUAAGCCCAUCCAAGAAGAGGAACUUUCAGAGUUCCAAGCCACAAGGGAAACCUCAGUGGAAUCCUCCUUCUGCUAAUCCGCAUGAAAAGGCUCAAGAUCACCAGCCGCAUGAGGAAGUGGCCAAGGACACUUGCAAGUGGUGCAAGGAAAAGGACCACUACCAGAAAGACUGUGUGGCAUUCCUGAAACAUCUGUGCAAGAAAGGGAUUCCGUAUGAGACAGACCCUGCAAAGAGGAGAAAGAUGAACAUGCAUGAAAAACGCAAGACAUAUUUCACACAGGCAAGUGGCAAGAGAGCAGAGCAGGACGAAGAUUCAGUGAACGCCGUAACUGGACCUCACAUCCGCCUCACAUUCUCCAUCCAACGGCCAGUCACUGAAUCUCCAUCCUCCAUUCCCACCCCGCCCACGCCCAAACGGAAAAACACGGCGAUGGAGCCCGCCGCCGCCGACCUCCUCGCCGCUCUUUCCUCCCCACGCUCCGGCGCCGGUCUUCACGCCCGCUUCUCGGCCUAUCUCCAGCCCUUCUCCCACUACCUGCUCGCCGCCAACCCUAGCAACCCCACGCCACCGCCCGCGGCCACCGUCCGCCCCCUUGCCAAGCGCUUCCUCCCGUUCCUCUGGAGCGCGCUCCAGAUCCUAAGCUCGAGCCCUAGCUCGGCCGCCGACGAGCUGCUCGACAUCUACGGCCUCGUCCUCGACUGCCUGGCCGCCAUCUCGGCGUGCCUCGCCGGGAAGCCCUACGCCGUGCUGCUCCAGCGCGUCCACUUCCUCCGCUGCCUUGAGUCGCGCGGCCACUACGCGCGCGCCGAGGCGGAGGCCGCCGCCACCCUCGACACCCUCCGCUGCACGCUCUCGCCGACGACCGCCCUUGGGGCCGCGUCCCUCCUCCCCGUCCCCGACCCUGCAGGCGUUGCAGGGGAGGACCCUGAAAUCACCAGACUCGCGGUUGAGCUCACCGUGCGUCUUGCCAAUUGUGCCAGCAAGGGCAAGGUGAAGGAAGCCGCACCGUAUCAACGGCUCCUCGUCCUCGUUCACCAGCUCCGCCCAUGGCUCCGGAUUCUGACCGAGGAGUCCAGCAGGAAGUAUCUCACUCUGCUUGUGAAUGGGCUGAGCCAUUGUGCUGUUUUCCUGGUUGCCAAGUCUCGGUAUUUCGAUGAAAAGCUAGUGCACAAAUUCUGUGCUGCAACCUUAGAGCAGUGUGAGCAGCCACCAAUGAUCGACCACUUGCCCGCUGUUGCACACAUGAUCUGUUCUUCAGUAGUUUUGAGUUGGGGAGGGAGCACACAUCUUUUGCUCGGUGUGUUGAAGACUGCUGUUUCGCAUGUCAAGGAUUACUCACCGAAAGCUGUAAACGAGUUCCUGGAAUUUGUAGCAUAUUUUUUCUGGAGCUUUGUUUCUAAAAAUAGGAAUGUACAUGCUGGUGCUUCAGAACUACUUUCACAAGGUGGUUAUUUUUCUGAGGUUUCGGCGCCCGUCGCCUCAGUUCUCCAUCUCUAUGCUACCGUAUUACACUUCAGUACAGAGCAAAUUGAAAGUGAAGAUCAACUGACUAUGACAGUGAAUUUUCUCAAGAACGAAAAGAAUCUACAAACUUUGAACACUGCACUUGACACACUAGCACGGAUUUUCUGUGUCAACAAUGGCAAAUCCAAGCAACGUGAUAGUUUGGGGAAGUAUGUGAGUCGUCCAGCAGACGCUGGACAUCCCGAUAAGAGACACACUUAUAGUUAUUCUCAGUCACAUGAGCAUAUUUAUUUUGUGGCGUAUCUUGAUUCUUUGGAGUUCCUUUGCGAGAUACUAUUAUUGCAGCAUACAAAUGUAGUUUGGGAGAACUUCUCCAAAGGAAAAACAAUCCCCAAUUUGGGAAACAUGACUUGUGUCCUAAUGGCAUUGGACCAAUUCAUUGAUUCCAGCUUUAUUGCUUACAGUUGUACCAAAAGGUCUGAAGAAGAGAAGGAGAGAUUGCGUAAACAACGUGCAACCUUACUGAAAUCCCUAGUUGCAGCGUUCAAAAUUUCCUUUGUGACCAAUGAUGCUAUCCAGAAGAGCUUGUCUUCUAUCAAUCGUGCCAUCUCAAGUACAUGGAUAAAGCUUGAUGAUCUCAUCUUUUUAACCACUUCUAUGUGGAACAUUGGUGUGGCACUUUAUAAUAUUGGACAUCUUGAAGAGGCACCAAAGGCAUUAGAACUAUGCUGUCAAACAACAUGGGCAUACGCCAGACUUUCUUACUGUAGACUAUCAUCAACAGCGGAAGGUCACAUCAUUACUGAUGAUCUACCAAAGGAUACACCGGAGGGUAUCAUUGCAGGUGUAUUUGCAAGGAUAGUAAAGGUGGUUGGCAUUCUUCAUAGAUGUGGCUCAAAAGCGAUUCGUGAUAUUGUUGUGAAGAGCCUGUUUGAAUCGUUUUUUUAUGGUGACACAUCUGAUUAUCAAAAAAACUAUUUGGUUCUGGUCGAGUUAUGGGUGAAGAUAACACUUCAAGAUUUUAAAGAUGGCCAAGGUGUGGAUAGUGCUCCUCUUCUCUAUCACUCUCUUAUGGGCUGCUCGCCUCCCUUGCCAAUGAAGUUCAUAGGCUUAAUCGUAGAGCAGGAAUUAUUAGCAUAUGGAGAAACGAAAUCUCGUGUGACCAUGCUCUGUGCAAAUAUGCAAAAUAGAAUAAUAGAUAUUCUCUUGAAUGAAAUAUAUUGUUCAAAAGAAUAUUAUGUGGACAGAUCAAAGGUUUUAGUUAGGAAGGCACGUAUACUCCGUGCAUCUGGGGUGGAAAACAUAAGCAGCUGUCUUGAGUCCUUGUCUGAAGCCAUCUCUUUACUUCGAGGCAUCUUACUGGAUCCAUCUCGAGGCAAUGCGAUUGUGAUCCAUGAAUUGGCUAUUGCAUAUUGCCUGCAUGCACAUUGUGCCCAGGAAGCCAAUCAUGGUGGCAAGGUAAUCUUUGAUAGUGCUAGGAGUGCUGUUGGCUUGUGGUCAAAGAUGGGUACUUUGCAUCAUUGUUCUCCUGGUGUGAUCUUUCAGCAGCAAUCAGAAACUCUUGUACCACUUCUUUGUUCCCUGGUUGAUUUGCUGGCAAUGAAGGGCUGCUUUGAGCUUCAGUUUGAGCUGUGCAAGUUUAUCAUAAUGAUAUGGAAGGAAAAAAACUUACCCCUAGAAAAGUUAUUCUCCAUGUUAUUUAUCAACGGGCGCCUUAAUCAUGCAUGCUGUCAUCUCCCAAUGGACCAGAAAUUUGUUUCUUAUGUGGCACGGCAUCUUGGUGUUGAUUGCCACAAUACAAUAUUUUGGAGAAACUGUUUCAAAGAAGAUUAUCCUUCUCUUACUAUGUUUCUUCAGAGGUUGUGGCCUGUUGAUUUCCUUUCUCAAUCAUGUGAACACUCCUUUGGAAAUCAGUUUGGUUUCAAUGCUAGUGUUGAUGAGAUUGAUAAAGUUGCAUCAUCUCUGGUUUCUGAUGGUCCUUUGAGUAAUCAAUCAACCCAUUUGGCUGGCUGUAUAUACUAUGAUUUGUCAGAAAGACUUCUGUCAAGAGGACAAGUUCUCCAGGCCAUUUCAUAUGGAAGAGAAGCCCUCCAAUUGCGCAAGAAUCUCCUAAAAAAGAAGUUCAAAUUUAAUGUGGGCAAGUUUGUAAGUGGGGGAAGCCAAUGUUUUGGUGGGCAAGACUUGUUUUCACUUGAAGCAUGGGCACCAACGGUGGCUGAAAUCUGGCCAGAUUGCACCAGGCCAAGCAGCAUGAAAGAUUCUUUCCUUACCCCAUGGAAUAUACUUAGAUGUUAUCUUGAGAGCAUAUUACAGGUUGCUGUGAUGAAUGAAUUGGUUGGCAAUGGUGCUGAAGCAGAAGUUUUAUUGCGGACAGGAAAGGCGAUAUCAUGUUUCCAAGGAUUACCAAUUUUUGCUGUUGUCUUUACAUCAGUGUUAGGUAAACUAUACCACAAGAGACAGCUAUGGGAUGCUGCUGAGGGUGAGCUUAAACAUGCUAAGGACCUCCUUGCAGAAAAUGAUGAAUUCAUUUCAUGCAAGACAUGCAAGUUGACGCUGCAGAUAUCAGUUGAUGUCCAAGCUGGAGAUCUGUUUUGGAAUCUCUUUGAGAAAGACUUGCAGAAACAGUCAACAGGCAAUUUAUCUAGUGCUUUAGGGAUGUACCAAUCUGCCGUGGAGAAAUUGAGUAACUCUGGUUUGGAUUUUUCUGCUGGAUCCUGUGAUAAACUUUAUACUAGUUGUGUGUUGUGCAGCAAAGAUUCUAUUGCAGAAACCAAGCGUGGAGCUUGUAAUCAUGGGAAAGAACCCUUAGCAGCCAAGGAUGGAGUGUUACCUACAUGUACUCCUUGUUUGUUGUUCAGUCAGAUACAGUACGAUAAACUUGUGGGAUUGAAAUCUGAAAGGGAAAACUUGAAGAGUGCCGAAAGUGCUCUGCCAUUGGAUGUUAAAGUUAAGAGGGCAUCUAGAACUUCAUUACGUUUAGCUAAAGAACAGAAUGCGGCAGCUCAUGCAAAGACUAGAACCACCCGAUCUAGUAAGCGAACUGCCCAUGUGAAAAAUGAAAAAGACUUGGCUGAACUCAAUAGCAAAAGUGACAUAUCUUGGAGCAACGAAUUGUCCACGGAUGGUUUGGUCUGUGGGAAGCUAAACCGUUCUCUUGAUGGCGUUGAUCGCAACAGAGAUGACACAUGCAAUAUGUUUGGAUGUUGGAGCUGCCUUUUUGUUAAUUCACUCAAUUUUGAGUGCAUUGAGAAUAUACUGCAGUUCAGAGAAGACUGCAUUCGCCGACGCCAUCUUGUGUCGCUUUUGUUAAAAACAGCAAGAACCUUGGGAGCUCAGGGUAGAAUACAUGGAGCUCAUGAAGUUCACAGUAUCUACUGGCGGUGCAUAUCAUUAUUGUAUUUCAGAUCGCUUCCUCAAGGUUGUAAUAGAACAUACGGGCCUUGUUUAAUUGAACUGAUCAUGAAUGAAAAUACUGGCGAUUUUCUUUCUUUAGAGCGUGCAGAAAUACUAUGCAGUAUGAGUUCCUUUUUGCUGAAGGGUUUCUUUUCAAAACAGUCAAGGGAUGGUUGCUGCAGCUUCUGUAGUGUAGAAAUGUCUGAUGUUGUUUCAUGGUUGCUGAAAGCUUUUGUGCUAUCUCGAGAGAGUCCUUCACUUCUCCAGGAGGUUUGCAGGCUACUUACAUGCAUAUUCUUACUAUCAACGAUAGAUUGCACGGUCCAAUUACCUUUGUAUUCCAAGGGAUCUCUCUCUUUGAAUCAUUGGGCGGCAUACUUUCACCAAACUUCGGUUGGAACUUAUCUCAAUUUCCAUUACCUUGCAAGCUUACAAGCAUUGCCCAGAAAAACAGAAACGAAGGGUGUCACUGGAGAUUUCGCAGACAAGACAGAUGAGGUUCCAAAGUUUCUAAGGUUUUCAUCGGCAGACAUGGAACAUCUUGAAAAGCAUGUAAUUGAAUUCUUCCAUGAACUUCCUGAUGUACCAAUUGUGUGCAUUAGUAUGCUUGGAGGUGAUAUUGUGAAUGUUCUUGGGGAAAUACCUUUUAUCCCUUCCCCUUUUCCUGCUUGGCUGUUGAUCUCAAGGUUUGAUUCAACAAACAAGCCUACCACGAUGCUUCUCCCAGUGGAUCCUAUUUCGAAAGAAGCAGAGAAUAGAGGCUCUUCUAUCGAAGAACUGGAUAAUCCAACUAGAACAUCAGAUGAGAAAUGGAAGUGCCCUUGGAGCUACAGUAUAAUAGAUUAUGUGGCUCCAACUUUCAAAAAGCUACUUGAGGAUAAUUUUAGAUCCCUCUCUGGUGCAACCCACAUUCCAAAUGAUGGACAAGCACAAACCAUAAGGUGGUGGUCAGAUAGAAUGAAGCUCAAUGAUGACCUUAAUGAAAUAUUGGAAAACAUUGAAGAAUUGUGGCUAGGACCCUGGAAAUGCCUGCUCCUGGGCCACCAAUUAGCUUACCAACAUAGCGAGGCAGUGCUGGAAAAUCUUAUCAGUGGUCUGGAGUCAGAAUUUAAACUUGAAGUAGAUCCAGCACUCAUCAAGGCCAUCCUUGGUGGGGUUGCAUCAGUGGAUGAAUUGAAAGAAUGUGUUUCUCAACUUAUAUCAUAUAAAAGUUACUUUGGCAGGGGAGGGUGUUGCGGAGGAGAUAGACUUAGAGCCUUCUCUUGCCAGACUGAUGCUGAAGCUCUGACGACCCUCGAGCAUUUAUGCAAUGGUAUAGUGGAUGAGCUAUCUGAGCCAGUUGAUAGAAAUCCGGUCAUUUUAGUCCUGGAUAUUGAUGUGCAGAUGCUUCCUUGGGAGAACUUGCCUGCUUUAAGGAAUCAAGAAAUAUACCGCAUGCCAUCAAUGAGAAGCAUCCUUCUAGCAUUGGCUAGAAGCACUAAUCAUCACAAUGAUGCCAGUGCCAUGGUCCCUCCUUUUCCUGUUAUUGACCCUUUCGACGCAUUCUAUCUGCUGAAUCCUAGUGGUGAUCUGAUCAGCACACAAGACGAAUUUUAUCAGUUGUUUAGAAACUAUGAGUGGAAGGGAAAUGCUGGGGAUGCUCCAACAGCUGAAGAGCUUGUCUUGGCCCUCAGGAAUCAUGAUCUUUUUCUUUACUUCGGACAUGGAAGUGGAAGUCAGUAUGUCUCUGGAAAGGAAAUUGAGAAGUUAGAUAACUGCGCAGCUGCUCUUCUUAUGGGUUGCAGUAGUGGGACACUUCAUUGCAAAGGAGGUUAUGCUCCUCAAGGGGCACCUUUGUCUUAUUUAUUUGCUGGUUCUCCUUCCGUCAUUGCAAAUCUCUGGGAUGUCUCGGAUAAAGAUAUCGAUCGAUUUAGUAAAGCAUUGCUCAGUUCAUGGUUGCAAGAAAAUUUUAAGGCCACCAAGACUUGCCCUAAAUGUUGCCGCUCACUAACACAUGAAUUUGAGACCAUGACCAUUGCUGCAAAGGAUAAUGGUAGGCAAAGACGAAAAGGUACACGACGAGGUCAGAAGCAGCAACAGACAGCAGAGAUAGAUGGCGGUAGUAAUUGCUGUAAUUGCAGGCACAGGCGAAUAGCUUCGCAUAUAAGUGAAGCUAGGCGUGCUUGUAGGCUUCCGCUUAUGAUCGGCGCAUCUCCUGUUUGUUACGGUGUGCCUACUCUCAUCAGAAAGAAGUAAUGGUCUGCGAUUGGUGAUUCAGAUCAGUCCUACUCCCUCCGUCCCGCGGAAAGUGUCGGAUAGGGCUUUUUCCGAAAACCCCCUCGGCGAAAUCCCGACAAGCCCAGCAGUCGACACGCUUCUUCCUCUCGCUCGCUCCGCUCACCCAUCUCGCGCACCGCGCAGAGCCCCGGUGCUGCUCCCCCUCCGCCGUCCAGCGCGGCCGUAUGGCUCGACCUUGCUGCUCCCGUCCGCCUUCUAGCUCACCCGGGCCGCUCCCCUCCGACGUCUGGAUACCCUGCACUGCGAAGGUUAGAUUUUUUCUGCCCAAGAUUGGAUUUGGCUGUACAAUACAUCGCCGCUCUCUUGCUUCCCCACGCCGCCUUGCUGGAUCUGGAAGCAACGCUGGUCGAUAUGAUCCCCAACGGUGGGGAGGAACUCCAGGUCGCCAUCCUCGUUCUUCACCAUCGGUCCGUCGCCAUUGAUAAUGGAGAGGAGAUGGCCACCGUUGUGGAAAGGAUCUGGGAGUCGGUCUUCCCCUUCCGCGGCAUCGCACAUCAAACUUCUGGGUGCCCACCCGGGCCACUCGGCGCAAUAUCUAGACCCGCCCCUGACCCCAGCUAGCUGCAGCUUUGAAGAAAAUGGAGAACCAGAGCGAGAACCUGACAGAGACUAAGGCCAAAGCAAACAGGAAGAUGAGGUGUUGGAGCAACCGAGCGGAUAGUCACCAAUGUUCUCCAAACAAGGGGACGAGGGUGACAAGUCUGGACCGAGGCUGCUUCACUAGUUGUGUGUGCUUCGACCCUAUCCAUGUUGUCUCUGGUGGAGUUUUCUGCCAUCCAGAUUACCCUGUGUCUGUGUCCUCUUCCCUGGAGCUGAUGAUCUUGGUCCUGGAUAUCGCCAUACCUAUACUGCCGGCCUUCAGGUUCCUGUUGCAGUUCAAUUCCUUGAAGGAAAGCCUUAUACCAUGUGGUGAUGGUGGUAUCCUGUCCCAUGCUGUUGCUCAUGUUGCUUCUACAAUCAAGGUGUGUUAUCAAAAAGAAAUUACUCAUGUCACAAUUGUUUAUGGGCUCCUUACCCUCCCCUAAGAUUGGAGCUGCUGUACCUGAUGCUAGGGCCAGCUGUACGCAAUAUUCUUACUUAUAAUCAAAUACCUUCUGCAAUGGCCAUUCCUCUGGGGAAAAUCUUUCAUUAUAUUCUCCUAUUGUUAAAUAAGAUUAUCACUUGUCAAACAGAGCAAAGUUGUAACUUAGACUUUAUUCUGAAAAAGUGUAUGUUGACGACUUAGCAAGAUGACUAGCUAAUCGUGUGUAUUGAAUAUAUAACUCUUAUAACUUAUAAGGAAGUAUACGUA